AUGACUACAAUACCUAACUAUUUUACACGUUCAGCUGAAGGUUUACCGGAACGACUCCCGUCUUCAGACAGUACAGAAGAGGGCCACGGUAGUGAUACUAUUCCAAGAUUCCAGUCACCUGCCUCUUUGGCUAUAUUUAAACAAAAUAAGCAUGGUCAUGAGAUGCAAGAUUAUCAAGAGUUACCACCAAAACAAGCAGUCUUAGAAGGUUCCCCUAAAAAUUAUAUUUAUAAAGAUACACAAACCACACGACAUGCUAGGUUCCAUAGAACUUCGAUCGGUGAUUGGAAAUUCAUGGAGACAGUAGGGCAAGGUUCAAUGGGGAAAGUGAAGUUGGCCCAGAACGAGAGCGAUGGACAACUCGUUGCUGUAAAGGUGAUUAAUAGAGCUUUGAAAGUGUUUCUAUUAAGGCAAGAACAAGUUCAUUCACCUCGAACAACGAAAGAAUUAAAGGAACGGGAAGCUGCCCUUGCAAAGGAACAGGCGAGAGAUAGAAGAACCAUUAGAGAGGCAGUACUUGGACAACUAAUGUGGCAUCCAAAUAUUUGUAAAUUGUACGAAUGGCAUAUUUUAUCAAACCAUUACUAUUUAGUAUUCGAAUAUGUUAACGGUGGUCAAUUGUUAGACUAUAUCAUUCAAAAUGGAUUAUUGACAGAGAAGAAAUCUAGGGAAUUUGCGAGAGCAAUUGGUAGUGUUCUCCUCUAUUUACACAAGAAUAAUAUUGUUCAUAGAGAUCUUAAGAUUGAAAAUAUUAUGAUUGAUAAUAAAGGAGAAUUAAAGAUGAUAGAUUUUGGAUUAUCAAAUUUUUAUGAUUCGAGAUCUUUAUUAAAAACUUAUUGUGGGUCGUUAUAUUUUGCUGCACCUGAAUUAUUAUGUGCUACUCCAUAUAUUGGACCUGAAAUUGAUAUUUGGUCCUUCGGAGUAAUAAUUUAUGUGCUAGUAUGUGGUAGAGUACCAUUUGAUGAUUCUGAUUCUCAUAAAUUACAUCAAAAGAUUAAACGUGGGAAAUACACUUUUCCAGAUUUCGUAACAUCGGAUGUGAAAUCGUUAUUAAAACAGAUGUUAGUUGUUGAUCCAAACAAAAGAGCAACUUUAAAAAAAGUAUUAGAUCAUAAAUGGAUGAAUGAUCAGUAUAUGACACCUAUAGAAUGUAAUAUUCCAAGUAGACCUCCGUUGACAUUGGAAACUUUGGAUUGGGAUGUCCUUCAGGAGAUGGAACGGUUGAAUUUAGUGGAAAAUGCACAAUUCACAAAGAAUUUAUUAGAAGAAAUCAUUACUGACAUUAAAUACGUUACAUUAUCAGAAGUGUAUUGGUCCAUAUUAGAAACUGAUGAAAUGACUCAUAUGACUAAUUCAGAAAUGCCCACUGUAGCGUUUCAUCCGUUGUUGUCACAAUAUUACCUAACCAGUGAAUAUAUGCAACGAAUGAAACAUAAUACAAAGUUAACCAAAAUACCCACUGGGCAAAGUAUAGUCACGGGUCAGAGUGGUGGUGAACAAAAUAUUGUUAAUAACAAUGGUAAUGGUUAUGUUCCAGAUAACAAAUACGGUUAUUUACCAUUGAAACUACGGCGCAUGUCAGAACCUCAUGUUUCACCAACUAGAAAGACACAUUAUGAUCCAAGUGUAGAUUAUGUAAUACAAGAAGAUAGUACUAUUGUUAGAAAAGAACCUGAAAGAAGAGAAAGUAAAUCCAGCAAAGGUAAAAAGAAAAUAAAAAAAUUGUUAAGAAGACUUUCUGGUGGGUUCCGCAGUGCUGGUACUGCAAACGAUAACAUUGAAGAGAUAAAUCCACAAGUUACUACGGCAAUGAAGACAACACCAGAAGUUGAAUUCGAUAAAUCAUUUGAAAUAAAUGAAGAUGAUGACUACGUUGUUCCACUCACUGCACCUGAGACUUAUCAAAAGAAGAUACCACAAGGUCGGUCUAAAUCGGUUGGUAAUGAGAGACAAUUGUUGAUAACAAGGGAACCCCACUUAACAAAUAGUAAUGUUUCGCAAUAUAAAACAUUAUCGGAGAAAGUUAUUAUUAAGAUGGCCAAAGAUGCACCUCCUAAUACAAUGCCUUCCAUUCAAUACACGAACUCAUUCUUUACUACUGGUGUUUUAUCUGUUCAAACAACAUCAUCAAAAUCACUAGCUGUUGUACGAUAUAAAAUAAUUAAUGCACUUAAUCAGAAUAAUAUUCAAUACGAAGAGGUUAAAGGCGGGUUCCACUGUUCUGCAUACAAGUUGGGGAAUGUCGUUGACACUGAUAUUUUACAAAAUAUGAUAGAAAAUGGCAAUUCACAGGUUAACGACAUGACUGUGGAAAGCACAUCCAUGGAGAGCCCUUCACAUUUCGAUACAAUAUCAGAAGAAGAAUUACUGAAUGUUACUACUGACACAGUACAUCAGUUCAUCCCUGGUUUAAUAACAGAUGCGUCACACAAAAGAGACCAAAUGGUGCCAGUAUCACCUACAAGUACUGACGUUAUGGCAUCUACGGGGAAGGUCACCACUGAAACCUCUAAACAGGAAACUGCAAUAUCUUCACCCAUUACGUGGAAUGAUAAACACCCGUUCAUUGUCAAUGAGUUAUCGAAAAAAAUCGUGUUUGAAAUUUUUAUUGCCAAGAUUAAAUUCUUGAAUCUAAUUGGUAUUCAUUUGAAAAAAAUAUCAGGCGAUAGUUGGGAAUACAAAGAAAUCGCUGCACAGUUAAUUAAGGAUAUGAAUCUAUAA